AUGGCGAAGUGUCCAGGUUAUCAUUGGUCGUCAGGGAUUAAGGAUGGGAACAAGCCUGAAUCUGUGGGUGAAGAAGGGGUGUUGCCCUCCGAGUCCAACUUUAAACUAGGGUUUGAUGAUGAGGCCAGUAGUGGGAAUGCAGAUGACAGUCCCCUGGCAGAUGAUCCCAAGAACCGGAAACAAUAUGAGACAUCACUGGAGACAUUUGAAGAUAAUGCUUUCCAGAGAUGUGGCAAGGCAGAGGCCUACGAGAGCCAGCACGUGUCAGAAAUGCACCAGAGGGACCUCCCUGGGGAGAGAUGGGAUGACUGCAUUCAUCCAGAAAAGGCCCUUGAGGGCCUCCACAGCAUCCUUCUCCACCCAGAAGAUGCUACAGGAGAUGAUCACUCUGGAUACAUUGAGUGUGAGGAAAUCAUCAGUCAGACAUCAAAUCAUCAGCAAGGUGAGGCAUCCCAGACAGAGAAACCCCACAAAUGUCCCAAAUGUAACAAGGGCUUCAGGUGGUGCUCUGAUUUAAUUAAACACCAGAGAACCCACACAGGUGAGAAGCCCUUCAUAUGCAGUGAGUGUGGGCAAACCUUUAGGGUGAGCUCCCACCUUACCUCCCACAGAAGACUGCACACAGGAGAAAGGCCCUACCCUUGUCUCAAAUGCAGGAAAAGCUUCAGCCGAAACUCUCACCUUACAAAUCACCAGAGAGCCCACAACGGCGAGAGGCCCUUCAAAUGUGUGCAGUGUGGAAAAGGCUUCAGUGAUUCCUCAACGCUCACCCAGCACCAGCAAACCCACACUGGUGAGAAGCCUUACGUGUGUUCCCAAUGUGGGAAGUGCUUCAGACAGAGCGCUCACAGACACCAGCGAGUCCACGCAGGAGAAAAACCCUUUAUGUGUGCUGAGUGUGGGAAGUGCUUCCAAAACAAGACACACCUCAAGCAGCACUGUAAACUUCACCUGAAAUAG